AGGAAUUGUCUCUAAAAAAGAUUCCAGUAAUUCCAAAAAAAAAAACAGUAAUUUAUAUAUUCUAAUUCUAUUGUUUUCAGAUUAUUUCCUAUAAUUCUAAAUUAAUGUUGAUAAAAUGAUAAUCCAUUACACACUCCCGAAAAAAAUAAUCUAGUUAGCGUCGUCCAAAAACAAUUUGUAUUUUUUCAAAAAUGGAUUUUGUUACAAUUUUGACACGAUUGUCACAAAAUUUCGUGUGUUAUUUAUUUGUUAAGUAUUUGUUUGGUCUUCUCCGUCCUAAAUUAUCGUCGAUUAGCAUGUUUGUGUGUCAAAAACAAUAACAAAGCCAAAAAACUAAAUUCCCAGUCAAAAUGACCGUAGAUAAGGAAACUUUCUUGACUAAUUACCGGAAAGAUUACAAAUGGCCCAGUUUUGUCCCCUCAGUGGCCAAACCUGCCCAACCCCCAAUUACCACAAAACCCAACAAUUUCUACGUUGCGAAAUUAAUUGAACCGUUUUGUCAUUGCGAUGCCCAUCGAUAUGAGCCCCAAAUGGGACGAUAUAAAAUGUUGGCCGAUAAGGAAAAAAUGCUAAGAGAAGAAUUACAAUGUUUGGGUAAAGAAAUGUCAAUUUUAGCAGGGGAAGUUUUGGAUCAUCCUUGUGACACCUAUGAUGAUAAAAUGCUCACAAUUUAUCAAAUUGAUUAUAAUAAAAAAGGACUCGAAGCGAAACAAUACCGAAAGUUGAUGCCUGCCAUCGAAUCCCCAAUUGGGGUACCUUUUGAGGGCCCCUCUAUUAGUCUAAGGGAGGGGUACCGGGACCCCACCGCUUUCCGACAUUUUGCCAUUCAGAGGCCGAGGAUCGAUGUGUGCCCCCCUGUGUCUUUCCACACAACCCCACAAUCGAUCUCUGAUUGGUUCACACCGCUGACGGGGCGUUCGGAGUACCAAGACACCAUAAGUAAAAUGGGGUUAAGUAUUAUGAAAAGUAGUCAGCAAUAUGCUGAGCCUUUGCCUUCGUCGAGGCGACGCUAUGGCGACAUGUGUAUGUAAAAAUGUGCAAAGUUGCAAUUUUUGUAUUCGUCGUGUGUUUGUAAUAAAAUGAAGUUUCUUGUU